CACGGUGAAGCAAGUAACCCUAAUGCUAUGCUAUAUGAUUUUCUGAACGUUCUCACGACACGCCUACUCAUUGCACUCUUCGAUCGCAACUCUCUUUUUCUUCCAAAAGGGAAAACGAAUCUCAAACUUCACAAGUGUUUGAGGCGCCAUGGCGGAUCGGUUGACGCGUAUUGCCAUCGUCAGCAACGACAGGUGCAAGCCCAAAAAGUGCCGCCAGGAGUGCAAGAAGAGUUGCCCCGUCGUCAGAACCGGGAGGUUGUGUAUUGAGGUUACUUCCUCGUCCAAGAUUGCUUUCAUUUCGGAGGAAUUGUGUAUUGGAUGCGGUAUUUGUGUUAAGAAAUGUCCUUUUGAAGCUAUUCAGAUUAUCAACUUGCCGAAGGACUUGGACAGGGAUACUACUCAUAGAUAUGGUCCUAAUACUUUUAAGCUGCAUAGGUUGCCGGUUCCGAGGCCCGGGCAGGUGCUUGGGUUGGUUGGGACUAAUGGGAUUGGGAAGUCCACCGCUCUUAAAGUUUUGGCCGGGAAACUGAAGCCGAACUUGGGUCGAUUCACUAAUCCCCCUGAUUGGCAGGAAAUUUUGACCUAUUUUCGAGGAUCUGAACUGCAGAAUUAUUUUACUCGGAUUCUAGAGGAUGAUUUGAAGGCUAUCAUCAAGCCUCAGUAUGUUGACCAUAUUCCAAAAGCUGUGCAAGGGAAUGUGGGGCAGGUGCUAGACCAGAAAGAUGAGAGAGAGAAGAAGGAGGAGCUUUGUGCUGAUCUUGAGCUUAAUCAAGUUAUAGAUCGUAAUGUUGGUGAUCUUUCGGGUGGUGAGCUCCAAAGGUUUGCCAUUGCGGUUGUUGCGAUCCAGAAUGCUGAGAUAUACAUGUUUGAUGAACCUUCUAGUUAUCUUGAUGUGAAACAGAGGCUGAAAGCUGCCCAAGUUAUUCGAUCAUUGCUUAGGCCUAAUAGCUAUGUAAUUGUUGUUGAGCAUGAUCUUAGUGUCUUGGACUACUUAUCGGACUUUAUUUGCUGUCUAUAUGGUAAACCUGGUGCAUAUGGAGUGGUGACACUUCCUUUCUCAGUCAGAGAAGGAAUUAACAUUUUCUUGGCUGGCUUUGUUCCAACAGAAAAUCUUAGGUUCCGUGAUGACUCACUCACCUUCAAGGUUGCUGAGACUCCACAGGAAACUGCUGAGGAAGCUCAGACAUAUGCUCGAUACAAAUACCCAACCAUGAGCAAAACUCAAGGCAAUUUUAGACUUCGUGUAGCUGAAGGAGAAUUUACUGAUUCUCAGAUUAUUGUGAUGCUGGGUGAGAAUGGGACAGGAAAGACGACAUUUAUUCGAAUGCUGGCUGGUUUAUUGAAACCUGACACCAUAGAAGGUGGAUCUGAGGUGGAGAUGCCUGAAUUUAAUGUUUCAUACAAGCCUCAGAAGAUUAGCCCGAAGUUCCAAUCAACUGUUAGGCACUUGCUACAUCAAAAAAUACGUGAUGCAUAUACUCAUCCCCAGUUUGUGUCAGAUGUGAUGAAGCCACUUCUUAUUGAACAGUUAAUGGACCAAGAAGUUGUGAAUCUUUCUGGUGGAGAGUUGCAGAGAGUUGCUCUGUGUCUCUGUCUUGGAAAGCCUGCAGACAUCUAUCUGAUAGAUGAGCCAAGUGCGUAUCUAGAUUCUGAACAGCGAAUUAUUGCUGCCAAAGUCAUUAAGAGGUUUAUUCUUCAUGCAAAGAAAACGGCUUUUGUCGUUGAGCAUGAUUUCAUCAUGGCAACAUAUCUUGCAGACAGAGUUAUUGUUUAUGAGGGCCAACCAUCAAUUGACUGUAUUGCAAAUACUCCGCAAUCAUUGUUGUCUGGGAUGAACCUUUUCUUAUCACAUCUUGAUAUCACAUUUAGAAGGGACCCAACUAAUUUUCGCCCAAGGAUCAACAAACUUGAUUCAACCAAGGACAGAGAACAAAAGUCUGCCGGGUCUUAUUAUUACCUUGAUGACUGAGUUCAUACUUUGGGGCUGUUCUUUCACCAACACAACCUUGCAUCUGUUUGAGCUUUUCAUGGGAUCUCAGAUUUGGUUCAGUUCAUGCCUUGAAAUAUAAGAUUGCCAUUUUUGCCGAUGAAAGCAUCUUUCUCAAUGAAUAGAGGAGCCUGCAUGCAAUUGCAAGCCCUAUGUUGGUUGGUGCAUUUUGUAUAUUUACCCUUAUAUUUAGUGCAGUUACUCAUCACCAGGUUUGCUACGACUUGGGUGGGUGAAUCUGAAUAUUACAUGAGUUUAUAUUGGUCAUGGUUUUCAUUCGAUGUCCUAAGUCCAGAGGAACAUUCAUAAUGUCAGACUGAGUUUAUCGCCAAUUUCAGUUGAGUAUGUAACGAAGUUUACGUUCAUUCCAUGUUACUUAAUUUAGAUAGAUGUCUUCUGUUUGGAAUAUGUUGUCGUUGAGGCUGAUAUCUUCGUGGAUAUAUAUCAUUACAUUUUUUAGAUGAAAUUGCGGCUAUUAUGUGAUUUUAUU